GAUAAGCAGCGGGUGGCUGAGCCCCACUACCAAAGCUCACUAACUCUCUUUUGAUGAUGAUUGGUCUCAGGUGGAAAGGGCAAUGUUGUGAUGGAUGUGGCGGCUAUGAGCACAAUAGAAAACAGGCAAACAACCAAUAGAGAUGUCUUUAUAUUUAGGUGGAACUUUUUUUUUUGUUGGAUGAUUUGGUUAAGUGUCUACCUUUUUUUGGUUUUUUUUUUUUUUUUAAUGGUUAAAACAAUUUUGUUGAAUUCAAACUUGCUUGCUUCAUUCAAUUGGAACAACUCAAAGCGGUAUUCAAACUUGAAAAACCUGAAGUUGUGUUGGGUUUGCAUUGAACACACCGAAUUAGAAGUCGGAUUGGUUCCUUAAUUCAAAGUGAAGUUGGAUCGAUCCCAAAUUGAAACCAGUGCAGUGAAUGUGGCCCUGCUCAAAGGUCUACCAUUUAGUGUUCAAUGUUAUUUUUCAUGAAAAUUGAGAUGUUCAGUUCAUUAGUCUUGAAACAAAAGGGAUAAUCCGAGGGACCAUGGAAAUGAGCUAUCUAAUGGCUAAGUAGAAGAAGAGUAUGUACCUCUCUGCCUUUAUCGUUGUGCGGCUUAUACAGCGAUCUUUAUGGGCUAACUAGACACUUCUUCUUGAUUGGCCCUAUUGGAUAGAUGACAACCCACAAUGGGUCAGACACCCUACGUAACUCGGCCUGGAUUAGGUCACCUGUCCUUUGCCAGGUAGGGAGGAUUGGUCACAUCUCUCCAAUCUCAAUAGUGGCUAUGUUACAAACUUACAUAUUUAACGGGCCUGUCUGGUGUCACCUAGAUUUAGUUUUGUUGUGUUCUAAGAGUUGCUCUCUUUACAUUACGUGGUCAACAUAGUUUUAUCCAAACAAGCUCCCUUCGAUGCCCGGGUGUGCUAAUCCCUGGACAAUAGUUCCUUAUCAAGAUGACGAGUAGCGACCUCAACCCCCCCUCAGAUGCUUGUUUUUGAAAUGACAUAAUUAGACAUGUCUUUAUGGAUUAGUAUGAAUCUUAAUUAAUGAAUGAAUACACUUUUAUUAUGACCUGUGACUUAAUUAGUUGGAUCUUGAAACUUCCCCCACAUGAACGGAGGUGAAUCAUGCUAAGCGGUAGUGCAAAAGAGUCUUAACUCAGACCAGCACAUUGGCAACCCUCGAUCCCUCACUAACGGGCUGCCUCAGAAUAAUGGGUAGAUAUUUAUGACCCGGUUCGCAAUCCACUUCCUGGCAAGUAUAUGUGAAGUAUAAAGCCUAUGAGCUGGAUGGGUGACACCCGAGUUGAUAGUGAGAUUCUUUUAUGGUGCAACCCAAGACCCGAAAUCCUUUGAGCUAAUUUGAAUAUAUUUGGUAAGAUAACUUAGGCCAUAUUAAUUAUGAAAUUAAUAAUUAAAACAUUUUUUUUUUUUAAAUCUAGUGGCUCAAAUUGGAGGGUUGGGUGCCCCGAUGGGAGGGUUCUGGCCCAAAUAUUUAGAAUUGUGAAUGGAGCUCAAUUUAUAUCUCCUAAUGGGAAGAUUAGAAUGCAUUGUAAUUGAAAAUCAUAGUUUUUAUUCUUGGUCAAGUCUCUGAUGUGUUAACAUUUUAAUUAAGAAAUAAAAAUAAAAAUACAAACAACAUACAAAGAAACGAAUUAAAAAGAAGAGAGGAGAGUACGUUUAUCCCAGAUAAGAAUCUGGCAACGUGGCAAACAAUGAAGGCAAUGGACAUUAGCCAGAAUGGACCAAUAAGGGAAGACCUUAUCCGAUCCUCUUAUCUAACUCAAGCCGAAGCCACCAAAUCAUUGGGCCUCUAUUCUCUCUCCGCCACACACCAAACGCUUCCUUUUCUAUAGUUUGUAAGGUGGUAGGCAGAGACUCCUCCACACUCACUAGCCAGUGAUAGCAAAGAAGAGAAAAAAAUGGCAGCCUCAUUGCAAGCAGCGGCCACGCUGAUGCAGCCCACCAAGGUGGGCGUGCCAACUCGUACCAGCCUGCAAUUGAGAUCUUCCCAGAGUGUAUGCAAGGCCUUUGGCUUGGAACCCGCUGGAGCCAGGUUCACUUGCUCUUUGCAGGCUGAUCUCAAGGACUUGGCUCACAAGUGCGUGGAUGCCACUAAGAUCGCCGGCUUUGCUCUUGCCACUUCUGCUCUCCUCGUCUCGGGAGCAAGUGCAGAAGGAGCUCCAAAGCGGCUGACAUACGAUGAGAUCCAGAGUAAGACAUACAUGGAAGUAAAGGGAACUGGAACUGCUAACCAAUGCCCAACCAUUGACGGAGGGGUCGAUUCAUUUGCCUUCAAGUCUGGAAAAUACCAACUGAAGAAGUUCUGCUUAGAGCCUACAUCAUUCACCGUCAAGGCUGAGGGGGUGAGCAAGAAUGCUCCACCUGAAUUCCAAAACACCAAGCUCAUGACUCGGUUAACAUACACCCUUGAUGAGAUUGAGGGACCAUUUGAAGUAUCUAGUGAUGGCACCGUUAAGUUUGAGGAGAAAGAUGGAAUUGACUAUGCUGCUGUCACUGUUCAGCUGCCCGGUGGUGAGCGUGUGCCCUUCCUCUUCACCAUCAAACAGCUCGUUGCAUCCGGCAAACCAGACAAAUUUGGAGGAGAGUUUCUGGUACCAUCCUACCGGGGUUCGUCCUUCUUGGACCCAAAGGGAAGGGGUGGUUCAACUGGCUAUGACAACGCAGUUGCAUUGCCAGCAGGCGGGAGAGGAGAUGAGGAAGAACUCAAAAAGGAGAAUAUAAAGGACGCGUCAUCGUCAACAGGGAAAAUCACUUUAAGUGUCACCAAAAGCAAGCCUGAGACUGGGGAAGUGAUUGGAGUAUUUGAGAGCAUUCAGCCAUCUGACACUGACUUGGGGGCUAAGACACCAAAGGAAGUGAAGAUCCAGGGGUUCUGGUACGGUCAGCUUGAGUCGUAGAGCCUUUUCUUUAUGGAUGUAUCUCUCGGUUCAGAUUUUGUUUUAAGCUCAAAGGUGUUGCUAAGACUUCCCUGUGACCCCGGACAAGCUGAAACUAUUAUCUUGUUUGUAUAUUAUUUAUUAUCAUGGCUUCUAAUGUAAUGUUUGGAGAUUUCAUAAA